AUGACUGCAGACGUGAACACAAAUUCGGUUGAGCAACGAUCGAAGAAUAGCCCUUUGAAGACAGAGGGCGAGACGACUGAGGGUCAAAAUCAGAACGGAUCACAGCAAGCAAAGCCGCAGAAGUCACGACACAGAGCUUCAGUUGCUUGUGCUUCGUGCCGAGAUCGGCGCAUUCGGUGCGUCGUACCUCCAGGCGAAAAGGAGUGCACACAAUGCAAAAGAUCAGGCGUAGAAUGCGUGAUUAAGAACGAUGAUGAGCGGAGACGACCAAUCUCCAGAGCAUACAUGUGCAGCCUCACGGAUCGGGUUGCGCUGCUAGAAACCAUGCUGAAAGAACAGGGCGUCGAAGCGCCACCUGCACAGCAUCCACCCAGGACCCGUCACGCUCCACAAGAAGGUGAACCAUCAAAUGAUCGGAAGCCAGAUGGGCAACAGAACCAAGAAGACCGAUCCAGUCCAGGCAGCCAGCAGAGCCCACAACAGUACGGAGAGGUUGAGCACAUCGAACAUGAUAUCCCCAGUCCUUAUGGAGAGGCCGAGAGCGCUGGCUCGCCAUCUAUGCUUCCACCACCCAAAAGAGACGGCAUGGUGAGCAGGCUGCUUUCCACGCGAGGACAUCUCAGUUUCGACCAGCUGAGCGGCCGACUACGAUAUUUCGGACCUACAACGAAUUGUCACGUACACUCGGAGCACGGCAACCCGAUGGACUCUGAGCAGCAGCUGUCUGAGCAAGCACGCCGAGCCGAGAAAAUCAUUAGAUCGUUACCAUUGGAGACAUACGACUAUCUCAUGGACAUGUUCUGGACGUGCUACAACACUGUGAUUCAUGUGCUGCACCAGGAUGCGUUUGAGCAAGAUCGAGAGGCCGGCCGGACGCAAUUCUAUUCGGGCUUCCUGCACGUUUGUGUGUUGGCGAUUGGCUUUAGACACGCGGAUAAGGAGCGCCCGGAUAUCAAGAAGAUCUCGCUACCGCAGAUGGAGAGUACGCUGCAUCGAGAAGCGAAGUAUAUGCUCGAUCAUGAGUUGGAAAGACCUGGUGGCAUUCCGACGGUGGUCUCUAUGCUGCUGCUAGGAGAUCUCGAGUGCGGAGUUGGCCGCGAUAAUCUGGGUUGGCUUUACUCUGGUCUAGCUGCUCGUCUUGCUUUCGAUAUUGGCCUGCAUCUUGACUCGCGAUUGUCUGGCCUUCCACAGCUAGAAGUAGAGAUCCGACAGAUGACUCUGUGGGCAUGCGUCAUGUACGAUAAAUACUGGGCAUUAUUCCUCGGCCGACCCACAGGCAUGAAGAACUCCGAUCUCGAGAUCUACAGCCUUUCUAAACAAUUUGAGCGCCUGGGCACAUGCAAACCCGUCGGCCCGGAGAAGAGCCUAGAAACGCAGAUCUACGAAGCACUCAUCGAUCUCAUGGAACUCGCUGGCAAGAUCACAGAGAAUAUGGAUCCACUGAGGCAGAACACGGAAUCCAUUGUCGACCGUAAUCAGUAUCUCCGUAUGGCAGCUCUAGACCGCGAAUUUAGCACAUGGUAUGCUCGGCUCCCAGAGCAGCUUCGCUGGACACCUGCGAAUAUUGCAACAGCACCAUUUUCGUUUUUCCUGUUGCAUCAGCAAUACCAUAGUUCCCUUAUUUUGCUUCAUCGGCCAUUUGCUAUGUACGAUGACCAGAGUAGUCAGGAUUACGAGGGGAAUGGUCCAGAUGAUCACUUCUCUGCUUUGUCGAGGACGGUGUGCACUAAGCACGCUAUCCGGGUAGCGAGGAUCUUCUGGCAGCAUCGCCAGCGCUUCGACACCAAGCAGAUCUUUGUCACAGGUCUGCAGCAUGCUGGUACUGCUGCCACCGCUCUUGUGGCCGCUCUCGCAUUCAUCAAAGACCCCAACGAUCGCAACAACAACAUGCAAUACCUAGAAUGCCUCUCCGCUGCACUCAACGACAUGGCCGUAACUUACCAGCCAGCCGAACGUAUGGCCGUGGUCUUACGUGCUGUAAUGAUCGAGCUCCGCGGCGGACCUGUUGCAAAUGACUUCAAGUUAUACAAGCCCAAAUCUGCGCUCGUCCCAGCCCGGCGCGGCUCCACAAACGAUGCCACAGACCUCCCCAUGUACAAAAAGCGACAAAUGAGCCGUCCACGUGCUGGUACUGGCUCUAGUAAGAAACGAAGCAUGAGCAUGGCAUCCAACGUCACCAACAUCGAUCUCACCAUAAAGCCUCACCGCUGGGAUACAGAGUCUGAACGCUCAGACGGGUUCAUCAUGGUGACGCCUCGCUCAGAGAUCUCCGCCUGGCCGCCGAUAUCAGAGAACGCUUCGGACCUGUCGCACUCUCUUGCUACGGGGUCUUCGGCUGCGCUGUCGACCAGUGGACCGCGGAAUGCGUGGAUGGGCGCUGAGCUCGACACCUCAGAUGCGAUCAACAACCUAGCGAAUGUGCAUUUCCCUGAGAUGAACGGGUUGACCGAUGGUGGCGAUAUGACGCAUCUAGACUUUUUGAGUUUGGGUGACGCAGGCGGUGAUUUUGGGAGGGAAUGGAAUUCAGGGCAUGGGGUUGGUGUGGGGAGUGAUUUGGAUGGGUUCCCGCCGCAGCAGGGGGCCUAUGGGAUGGGAUUUGGGAGUAUGCUAAAUUGA